CACCGACAGGUCGCCAGCAGCCAUUCAUUUCCAACCCCACGAGUACGACUCCGCCCUGGAUCUUUUCCACAAAUGCCCCAUCAACGCGUCCAGCGCCACCGAUUCGCUUCAUUGCAGCCGCUGCUUGUAGGCACGAGACCCCCGACCUAUAAAAAGACCCGAGCCCAUCGGAUGAGGGAAAAUGAUCCACCUUGACGGACAAAGAGUCACCGUGCGUUACGACUGGCCGCUAUAGCAGCCUAUGGCGCGCUAUUGAAUGCUUGUUUCAAGACGUUGCGAGCCUCACAGGGGCUGGGUUAGAAGAAUAAAAUAUAUCCAGCGAAGCGCCGUUGCCAUGCUGCGCGUGCGUGUCCCGUUCAAUAGUCCAUAUUUUACCUCGGUUUCGUCGAAAUCUGUUAUAACGCUGCUGUGAGCCGUUGAUCGUGCUUGCGAAGUCGUAUAUCCAUUCAUCACAGCAGCGCGAGGCGAAAGACUCAAGAUGGUGCGCACGAUAUUCGCUGUGUUUUGGCUGGUGGCGGCUGUGUAUGCACAAAGCUCAAACUUCAACGGCCCGUUGUUCGACCCCUCCAAGGCACCCUUCUUCGGGCCCAGCUCCCUCGUCUUUCCUACGCUCACCGACGCUGUUCCCACCUUCACGCAAACACCUACCUCUAUUCGCUCUCGUAUAUCCUCAGGUGCCUCAGGCUCGCUUUCAACACAAACCAGGAAUUCGACUUCGACUUAUAACUCUUCGUCUCACUCCUCAUCUGCGUUCACAUCUUCCUCGACAAGCGCAUCUAGGACAUCCAGCUCAAGCCAGUCUGCUACCCGAUCAUCAUCGUCUACGGCAAGCGCAUCGGCCACGGGUGCAGCUGUGGUGAACUAUCCGGGUGUGGUAGGAGCUAUUGCUGGAGGCCUAUUUGCUGGAUUGGCCUUGGUUUAGGAGCAUGAGGACAGGCAACGCACCUCUGAACACAGUGACAACUGGGGGCUAGGGUACGGAACUGGAAAGGUGAAGAUCUUGAAGGAAAAUAUAAUGGUCUGGAGAGCUGGAAUAUCUACCCAUACUGCGUUUGGGGGACCUUAGAAUCGACGCUCGCGCGCCAUCCGCAUCGCUCUGCUUAUAUAGAUAAAUACCCUGCAGUUGCAGUCAAGCCCUUACGGGCCAUUCCCGAGCUGGCAGCUUCGGCAUUUGUUACUUUCCACCUUGAUCUGUGGGAAAUACCGCUAGGCUAAACAUGAAAUCACAAACUUCAGCGGAUCAGCAGUCGGAUACGACCCAGAAUGACUAAAUGAAGCGAGAACAGCAAA